AUGACUGAUGGCCCAAUCCAAUCCCCGCAUGACGCACCCGUGGCUUUCACCGAACAGCAACGAGCCACUCUCAAGGGCGUGGUUGACAAGUAUGCCGCUGGGGAGCUUGACCGAGCUGCUGCAGUUGUCCACCUCACUAUCGCCCUCGGCAACAUCUGUGUCGCCCUCAAGGUCCCUUUCUCCGCCACCGUUCUCCGUCCCUAUAUCGAAGAGCUCGAGGGUGUCGAUAACCAGCGUGGGGCUGGGGACGGCGGCAGUAGCGGCGGUGCCGGCGGAUCAAACAACAAGCGGAGGCGAGACGACGACGACGAAGAGCAGGCGCCGCAGAAACGUCAAAGAAUCGACUAUGCGGAGCUCCUUCGCCCAGCCCUUUCGGCCGAUGAAUUUCUUGACACGGUCGUCUCGGCCAAAGCGCUCCUGGUCGCCUCUCGAGUCCAGAAGUUCUCGGAGGACCCGAAGGAGGCAGUCCGAGUCGUUGUCAACUCGCCGCUCGCCCCUGCCUUCCCCCCGGGACUCUGGAAGCUUGUCCUCCUCGACCAAUAUGUCGACUUCAAUCUCAUCCGUGCCAACACGUUCGCGACAGAACCCGAGCGAGCCUCCGAGCUCGUCAUCGGAGAUGGAGAGUUGGAAGUCCGCAAGCCGCGAGCCAGCUCACAGAUCACUAGCGCAGCCCAGUGGAAUGACGCGUUCUGGAUCUACUCAGAGGCAGUCAAUUUCGCCUUCCCUGGCCGCGAACAAGAGCUACGUGCCUACAACCGGCACAUCAACAAUACCUUCUCCAGCACCCACGACUCCUGCCACCACCGCGUCUUCAAACACGGAGUCUCCUCCUUGACGACGCGCGCACCCUUGAUCAAAUCCGGCACGCCCAUCUCUCCGAAACUGGGCUCCACGUCGUUGGAGACAUCGAGCGGCACCCGCGACAGCAACAAGCUCGUGAAAGGGGGGCCCGGCCAAAGCAACGGACGGGUCCAGUGGAACUUUGCCGCAACUACAACGCAAACCGCUGCGCGUUGGCGCACUGCAAGUAUCGCCACGCCUGCAUCGAAUGCCAAGGGCCCCAUCCCGCUUGCGAGUGUCCUGACAAGUCCACCCGACGCGUCUGAACGGGCUGGUACAACUACGAGAUGGGAUAGCAAACUCCACCUCUUUGUCCCGGAACUACUGCUUGGGGAAGAUGAAGAGUCGUCGUGCUUCCUGCCACAGUAUAUGCGGGGGAUGGGCUGGAAGGGUUUUGAGCCUGUGUCGUACAGCCGCACCGCUCGGUAUACGGAGAUCGAUGAACCGCUGCCGCAACCUUCGCCAUACGAGUUCUCCAACGAAACCGCCAUCCGAACCAUCCAUGCCAACCCGGACCUAUUCCAAGUCCCCCAAGUAAUUCGUGCCGACCACCUCGAGAACCUCCUGGGGGGGCAUCCAAAUCAGCCCUUUGUGCAGUCUGUCUUGACAGGGUUGCGCGAAGGCUUCUGGUCGUGGUUACACACCCACCACAAUGAAGGAUACCCGGAGACCUGGGAUAACUCCUGGGCUCCACCGCCAUCACAGCGAGAGAAGGACUUCAUCACCAGUUAG